AUGGCUUAUUUAAGGAGAUUCAGAUUCCUUCGCUCAGUGAGCUUCAAAGGGAAUCCAUGCUGCGAUGAUCCCAUGGCUUAUCAGUUUAUGAAAUCAGCGUUAGUGAGGGUAACCUACCUUGAUUAUAAAAUUAUCACGGAUGAAGAGAGAGAAGGUGGGAGAGCUCUUUUUAGAGGUCUUUUGCGGAAAUUGGACGAGGCAGAUGAAAAGGCAGAAAAUGAAAGGAUUUCUAAAGAAGAUUACGAAGCCAAGGUUGAGUUUUACGCGCUCUCAUUUGUCGAGUACUUGAGCGGGCCGGAGCUUCUAGAGUCCAUGUUUGAGAAAGACCCGGACGGAUCACUACUUCUUCAAUUGGGCGGAGAAUUGUUGAACUUCUAUGAUCAAUACAAGGAGCAAUAUGUGGACACGAUGGCUGGACUAGUAGAGUUCGCUCAACAGGCUUAUAAUGAGAGGCAGUACGAAAUUAAAUUAUUUAAAGAUCUUGUGGAUAACGCAUUGGCAGACAGCGUGAAUAAAAGUAAAGAGGUAGUAAAGAAGUUUGAAGAUAAGAAAGCACGACUUGUAGAGCAGAUGAACGAGAUAAUUGUGAAGUUCGCAGCAAAACAAGCAACUCUGGAGCAACUGGAGCCAAGUAUCGUAGACCUCGGAGAGACCUUCAAUGACACGUUGUUUGAACUUUGGAAGAACCUUAUGACAAUAGAAAUGCAGCUGUUCGAGCAAUGCGAGGAGUCCCGAACGCAGUUCGCGGUGAAUCUUACGGAGAUGGUGAGCAAGCUGCUGGAUGAGUCGCGUGGCGCGUUCGGCGCGUGGCGCGAGAGCGAACUAGUGUGGAGUACGCGCCAAGCCGACACACUCGCCAACAUGCUCGGUAAUAGGCUGUUGUUGGGCGACGCACCGCCAGACUUGGUAGAGAUUAUGAUGGACCGCGACACGAUGAUGAACGUGGUGGCUCAAUCGUCGGACAAUCACAUACGUUUCAUCGACGCGCGCGAAGAUCUGCUAAUAUCACGCGCCAAUAACUGGCGUGACCAGCUCAUCAGUGGAACUAACGAUAACGAAAUAAAGCGAAACAGAGACAGGAUAUUAGAAAUAAAUUAUUUUAUGGACAAUCAGAGGGAAGCAUGGAUGGAUAUGCAAAUGAGUUUGACGGAAGCCGUCGACCCAGAGGCAGCUGCGUUAUUUUCUGAAGAUUAUAGUUAA